UCCGGAGGAUCUGCGCGCUGGAGCACAGUUUACAUCUGCACAGCCCCGAGGCUAUGAUGAACGACAGAAGCGCUUAUAUCGCUCUUUAACUGAGCCUUAUAUCAUAAAGUCUGAUGGCAAACUGUGUGCAGACUAAUGAUUCAUGCGAGAUAUUUUAAGGAAAAGUGUCAUCUGUCUCCAUUCUGGAAUGAUUCACGGAACAACGAUUCAGUGUUUACUGACAGGACGCAAAAGCUGAUCUUCUUGGAGAUCAGGCGAUGGUGCAGAGAUUGGAGAUAAAUCAUGGCAGGGACGACAGGGAAUGAAGAAUCCCACAAAUUGGCCUGUGGGUCCCAGAGGCCGGGACUACAGCUGCAACAGGACACAGACCAGAGAGGCAUAGUGAUCCAGCUGACGGACACUGAAGGUGAAUGGGACAAUCUUGAUGACAGCGACCUCAUAUUCACCUUGGACUGUGAUGGCAAAAAGUCACUAAGCUCCAUCCGGAGCCAAAGACCAUGUUCAGUCGACAUUCAGACGGAAUGGGGUACUGGAUCAUCAGCAUUCAACGUUCCUCUUUCUCCAUCUUCACCAGGCUCCCUGGGAAACUCUUUCCCCAUAGGAUCUGCCUUCCUCUCUCCCACUCAUCGUCCCUUGAGCAGCUUGGUGAAGUCACUGUCUACAGAGCUAGAGCUGAAAGAGUCUUCUCUGAAGCCCAAGCCACUCAUCAGCCUCGUAAAGUCCAUAUCCACCGAGCUUUCUCGCAGCGAGCCGGAAGUGUCUCAAUCUAGAUCAGAUUCCAAGCUCAAUCUGCACUUAUGGGCGCAGUUCACCCAGCCCAAAAGCCGCAAUGGAGACUCACGUACAGCACCUCCAACUCCAGUCAACCUAUCCCCGACCGAGACCAAAGCCAGCUUCUUUAAAAUGGAGUUGGAGGACACCCGACGCAAGCUCUCAGAGGCCAUGCAGGAGCCUCUGAGCAUGUUCAGUAAGAUUAUGCGUGAGGACAGUGUUGGAAGCCCCAAACACCAAAGGAGCACAGGAUCAGUGGACUCUCCAAGCUAUAAAGGCUUCGGAAUUGGGAAAUCAAACACUGAUUUGACUGCAUCUGAAUCCCCUAAAAGUGCUAGGAAAGCAGACAAUGAGUUUCUACCAGAGUGCAACUGGCCUGUCAGGCAUCGCAAACGGUGUAUGCAAAAAUCCUCUCUUUCUUAUGACUACCAUAGCAGACAGGUAGACACUGGGAGUGUAUUUGAGUCCAGAACUCAUGCAAGUGUGAGCACGAAUAUGGAGAGAAAUGAUCAAGAUGGUUUGACAGAGCAUGGGAUAGAGCAGUGCUCUUCAGCAGUGCCGGGAGUGGGUCUUUUCUUUGUAGCAGUUCUGUCAUAUUGCUACCUUAUCUUACCUUUGUCAGCCUAUUGGUCUGGCCUGUUCCUUGGCUUAGUCUUCGGAUUGAUGUUGGGACUUGUGUUAAUCCAUUGGGGCUCCAUCAGACCACUAUCCACAAGUAAACAGCACAGACUACAUGGGACCUCCUGUGAUAACAUUCUCUUUGAAUCGUUACAGAACAAUCCAUUUUCUCUGAAGGGCUGGAUGAAUGAAAUGUACACAUAUGAUCCAGAGACCUACCAGCCAUCUCUCAUGCAUUCUGUGCAUGCCACUUUGGACGGUCCCUGUUUGCGACUUGACUACCCACGUAACAACAUUCCCCGCUGGGCUACCUUGGACGAGCCCUGCUACGAAAAGCAUUUCAUCCACUCACGGAUAUUUCGACUCACUGGAAGCAAGGUAUUUCUUCUGCCACUGGCUUUGGCACACAAGAGAGUGUGGAACAGGAAGUAUCCGAUCUGCAUAAGUUUGGCUGAAGGAGAAAAAGCUUUGGAGGAAGGCGAGACGGUAGAGGUGCAGAAAGCUGAGAAACCUGCAACUAACAUUUCCCAUCCUGUCACACUCUACCUGUUUGGUCGAACAGGACGGGAGAAGGAGGAAUGGUUUCAUCGACUGUUUUCUGUGUCCAUUCAAAAAGAAGAGGACCAUUAUGAAUCUACAUUUGGUGAUAAAUCUGUAUCACAUGAGGAGAACCUUUUCAGUCAGUCCCAUGGUGGUGAAGGCUCAGUUAAGGACAGCAGUGAAGAUGUGUUUCACAGUGAUCUGCUUGGCAGAGUAAAGGAGGACAUUGUAGCAGACUACAGCUCUUACAUGACCAGUCUGAUGUUCUCAGCACAUGCCAGUCCUCCACAAAGCCCCAGCCAGAGCAGCACACAGGGCAGCCCUACGGAAAAAGAGCAGCAGACAUUUUGUUGCCAUGAGGAUGAAACAAGGCCUGUCUGGUUGAAUGCACUGAUUGGUCGGAUCUUUUGGGACUUUCUUCGUGAAAAGUACUGGGCUGAUAAGGUCCAACAGAAGAUACAGAGAAAGCUGAGCAAAAUUCGGUUGCCUUACUUCAUGGAUGAACUGACCCUCACUGAACUGGCCAUGGGCUCCAGCCUGCCCCAGAUAACAGGAACAUCACUACCACAGGUCAACAGCAGAGGUCUUUGGUUGCAUUUGGAUAUGGAGUACACAGGAGCACUACAGAUGACUCUAGAGACCAAAAUCAACUUCUCAAAACUUGGGAAAGAGGAAAUCCUUGAGGCAGAAACAGAGCUGGAGGCCUUCAGUGUGUUCAGCAGGUCCAGGCUCUCAGUUCUGGCUGACAGUGAUGAGGAGUCUUCCAGUGCAGGAUCCUCAGAUGAAGAGGAAGUUUCAUCUGCAGACACUCAAGGAGCUUUAACUGAAAAGACUGUAACUGGUGUUGAUGGGGCUACAGCCGGAGGCAGCACAAGCAGGCGGAUUUUGAAAUUCGUCGACAAGAUUGCCAAGUCGAAGUACUUCCAGAAGGCCACAGAAAAUGAGUACAUAAAAAAGAAGAUUGAAGAAAUGUCCAACACUCCUCUGCUGCUUGCUGUGGAAGUGCAGGAGCUUUCAGGAACCCUCGUCGUCAACAUUCCUCCUCCCCCUACUGACAGAAUAUGGUACAGCUUCUGCGGACCCCCAAAGCUCGAUCUGAGAGUCAGACCCAAACUGGGAGAGCGAGAGGUGACUUUCUGUCAUGUGACUGAAUGGAUCGAAAAGAAGCUACAGGAUGAGUUUCAGAAUGUUUUUGUUUUGCCCAACAUGGAUGACAUUUAUCUGCCACUAAUGCACUCUGGGAUGGACAACCCGCCACUUUCCAAGCACCCGGCAAAGCUCUCCCAGAAUUCCUCAAUGGCCUCAACCGACAGGAGCGAUCCGGAACAUUCUGCAGAAUUACAGUAGUGCCUCCUUGUGGACAGACAUGACAGUGCAGCAGUAUCAGAACUGGUUAUUCAACUUCAACAAACUCAAAGCAACAUAACUUACCUUAAGCAAAGUGUGAGUAGCACAUGUCAUCUCCCAAUGCAAUCAAUACAAGGUAUGAUUUCCAUCAUGCAAUCCCAUUUCCAGGACACUGAAGUUAGUUGUUGUCAUCAUACCGGUGGCUUAAUUUGUGAAUAAUCCAUUUUGUUACUUUAUUGAAUAUCUAUGACAAUUGAUUGUGUGUUGGAACAUCCGCAAUAGCUUAAAAUAGACAAAUAAGCAUUAAUAUUAAAUGAUUUAUUUAACAAUUCAUACUUAGAAUGUAAUACAAAUCUUUUUUGAAAAAAGUCUUACAUGUUCCAAAGGCGUUUGCUUUUUACAUCAUAAAUGAUUAUAAAAUAUCUGACAUUUUUUGUACAAUUUCACAUUUUCGUGUCAAGUAUCACUUCAAGAUUGUAAUAUCUGAACGUAAGCAGGCAUUUGAAUGUUACAGUAAUAUUCCUUAUAAUAUGAAGCAUUAGCAUCAACGUCCAAGCUGUAGGAAUGUGUAAAGGAUAUUUUUUGGUUUAUCGUCAAGUUC